AUGUACCACAGCGGACACGACCAACAGCGCAAGAUGUCGCGCCAAGCAUCACGACAACUCAGCCAGUCGACCAUUCCCCCCUUGUCCCCUCUCGAGCAGGUAGUCGACCAGCAGCCACAACCACAACCGCAACAACAACAACAACAACAACAUCAACAGCAACAAUCACCACAAUGCUCAACACCGGCAUGCCCUACCUCCAUCCCAUGCUCAUCAUCAGCUCCCUGCCCAUCAGCAGCGCUCAGCCAGCGGCGCGCGGCCCGCAACCCGGCCCUAGCGCAGAAGCUCGCGCAGAUGGCGCUCCCGCUGGCGCCGCUGGUGCAGCUGACGACGGGGCGAGUCCACCCGGCGUUCCCCGCGACGCUGCUCAGCUUCUGGCUGCUGACGGACGACGAGCUCGAGUCCUUGGCGUCGUUUUACCACCAGCGCACCCCUUCCCACCUCUCGCACUUCUACCCUUGUCCAGUCUCGUGGUCCUCGGACCUGCCGCUCGAGGAGAAGCGCAGGAAGCUCGGCAAGUUCAUCGGCCUGCGCGGCUGCGACUCCCCCUCCACCGCCGACGUCAUCCUCGCCAGGUCCGCAGAGGAGCUCAUGGACGACGCUAGGCGCGCAGCCGGGACCGAAGACGACGACGACGAGGCCCUCAGGCGCAAGUUUGGCUUCUACAGGUGA